AUGACUCGUGAUGAUGAAUAUGAUUAUUUAUUCAAAGUUGUAUUGAUCGGUGAUUCUGGUGUGGGCAAAAGUAAUUUGCUGUCUCGUUUUACCAGAAAUGAAUUUAAUCUUGAAAGUAAAAGUACAAUUGGAGUAGAAUUUGCAACAAGGAGUAUACAAGUUGAUUCCAAAACUAUCAAGGCACAAAUAUGGGAUACGGCUGGACAAGAACGUUAUCGAGCUAUAACAAGCGCAUAUUAUCGUGGUGCUGUAGGUGCUUUAUUAGUUUAUGAUAUUAGCAAGCAUUGUACAUACGAAAAUGUUGAACGGUGGUUAAAAGAAUUACGUGAUCAUGCUGAUGCCAAUAUUGUUAUCAUGUUAGUUGGCAAUAAAUCAGAUCUACGACAUUUACGCUCAGUUCCAAGUGAUGAAGCAAAAGCGUUUGCAGAAAAGAAUGGUGUCUCGUUCAUUGAAACAUCGGCGUUAGAUUCUACCAACGUUGAAACAGCUUUUCAUACAAUCCUACAAGUGGUGAUUGAGAAAAAAAUAUUAACUGAAUUUGUUUGGCGUAGACAACCGCUAGAAGAAAAAACUGUCAUGGCAUCGACAACUAAACCAUCAGCAGAUGUUAAUCCAACGGCUAACGGCGAGAUAAAUGGCGUAGAAAAAGUUACUUUACGUGAUCCUAUUAAAGAAAGCGAAGAACGAGCUCAACAAGAAAGAAUAAAACGGCUCACUGAUGCCUUCGAAGUUUUUGAUUUGGAAUCAAAUAAAACGAUAGCCGCUGCAGAAGUUGGAACUGUUUUACGUUCUCUUGGCCUAGUGCCAACUGAAGGCGAACUUCAGGAUCUUUUGAGUGAGAUGGCCGACGAUUCAAAUCCUGAAUAUAUUCAUUUAGAAAGAUUUUUAAGUUUAAUGACUGGAAUUUUAAAAGAUCGCAGGUAUCAAUCGGAGCCGGAAAGCAAAAUUCUACGUGCAUUUCAAGUGCUUGACACUCAAAAUAAUGGACAUCUCACAGAAGAUGAACUCCGUCAAAUAUUGUGUAAAGAGGGUAAUUUAUUUUUCUAG